AUGGAAAACCUCAACAAAAUUCACAGUGCAGUCUCUAGCCCACUAAAGUCCUUCAAAACAGUCACUUUGCCCGAGCAGACUGAGGAAACCGCAGUUCUGCCCACUCAAAAGCUUCACAAAAGCUUGAGGUACAUUGAAGCUAUGCCAGAAUCAACUUUUGGUAUUGAUUUACAGUUGAAACCUAACAGUCAAAGUUGUCAACGGUCCAGUCCAGCCCGGAUCAGAACCUUCCAUCUCGACAGAAACGGAGUUCCUGCUGUCUCUUCAUCUCUUUCUAGCAUAAGCAUUUAUUGUUAUAUUUUUGUAAAAGGCAGUCCCGCCUAA